GCGCGAGACGGGUUUUGUAUUUGCGCGCGCGUACACAGGUGAGAAGUACCGCUAGCGAGCUGCGGUUACGGCGAAAGGCCGUUCGUUGUUGUUUUCGGUGACAGGCACCGCUUGAUAUCAUGUGCGGAAGGACAGCCUGCACCCUCGCCCCUGAUGAGCUCCGGCGUGCUUCUCAGUACCGGGACCGAUCUGGACAGCAGCGACAGCCUCAGUGGAAGGACGGCGAUGCAGAUAAAUACCGACCAUCCUACAACAAAAGUCCUCAGUCCUUCAGUCCAGUUCUGCUGUCCAGUAGACAUUUUAAUAAGGAAGCCUCAGUGGACGAGUGUGUGUUGGCGACGAUGCGGUGGGGUCUGGUGCCGGGAUGGUUCAAGGAGAGCGACCCGAGCAAGAUGCAGUACAGCACCUCGAACUGUCGCAGCGAGAGCCUGCUGGAGAAAAAGUCAUACAAGGAGCCCCUGCUUAAAGGGCAGCGCUGUGUCAUUUUAGCAGACGGCUUCUACGAGUGGAGGAGGCAGCAGAAGGAGAGGCAGGCUUUCUUUAUCUAUUUUCCCCAGGAACAGCGUGAGAAGCAGGACACGGACGAGGGAAAGAUGAAAAGCGACGGACACCCUGAAGUAAAAUCAGAGGACGCCGAAGUGGGCAGUGAUUGGACAGGAUGGCGUCUGCUGACCAUAGCGGGGCUGUUUGACGCCUGGACACCUCCUGGUGGUGGGGAGGUUAUGUACACGUACACUGUGAUCACUGUGAGCGCCUCGACAAACCUGCAGAGCAUCCAUGACAGGAUGCCAGCCAUUCUAGAUGGAGAUGAGGAGGUGAGGCAGUGGUUGGAUUACGGGGAGGUGCGCUCACUGGAGGCGCUUAAGUUGCUACGUUCUAAAUCGUGCCUGACCUUUCACCCCGUCUCUUCUUUCGUCAACAAUGCGCGCAACAACUCACCCGAGUGCCUGCAGCCGCUGGACGCCGCCGCCAAGAAGGCUCCUCCUCGGGCUUCAGCCAGCAGCAAGAUGAUGAUAAGCUGGCUUAAAAACGGCUCGCCCGUCAAGAGGAAAGCGCCCGACGACGCCGAUCCUACAGAAAUGGGAGAAAAGUCUCCGUCUGGGAAGCAGAAGGGUAAAGCUGCCGGGCCGCUGCAGCAAUGGCUGCUGGGAAACGGGUCUAGUAAGAGACCAAGAACAUAAAGCUCCCACACUUUGCUCUUGUUAAAUAUGUUGGUAUUUCUUGUAUUUGUAGGACAGUUUGCAGUAUUACCAGAACACAUGAUUAGCUUCUUAAGCAAAAACCUGGGAAUGGAGCGGCUUUAAUCCUCCAGCACAAACCCAGAGGAGGAACAUCUUUAAGUAAAAUGUGUUAUUCAUGUUCCAUAGUUGCUUUAAAGUGUACCAGGUUUAAGGUAGUAUUAACUACCUGUUACAGUACUGUGUAGCAGAUUGAUAUUUAUGUUCGAAACUGCAGAUUUAAAAGUACCGUUUCUCUCAUUUAUGGUUUUAUUUGACUCAACCUAGUAGUUAAACUUAUUCAGACUUUUACUAGCUAAAAAUCUGUCUGCGAGACAGCUGGAUUCAGAAGAAACUUACGGAAUGAGUCUCCUGCUAUUGUUGUUCAUUGUGCAUAGGAAAAAUUGAAGCACCAAAAUUACACCCACCACCGUUAAGAUUACACCCGCUUCAUAAAAAAAAAAAAAAAAAGGCAAUUCACACGAUUUAUUCAACAAGGUUUUUUUAAUUAUUUUUUUUUUAUUACUUUGAAAUACAUUUAUUACCAAACGAUGUAUAUGCUGUGCUGUAAUAAAUGUUUCCUUGGAUG